AUGCUAUAUGCCAGACCGCUGCCUACACCCUUGCUUGUGUGCUGUUCCUGCCUUGCUUCCCAUCGCCUUCCCCCCCCCCCAUCCUUCCUCGCUGAUCUGGUGAGCAAUACGGCCGCGCCCAUUCUUCCCUUCGCCCUCGGUGCUGCCAGCGUUUCUCAGGCGUCGGGGAUCGUCGAGCUCUCCAUCCUUCCGGCCCAUGACGAUUGUCCCGAUGACGCCACCCCUCCUCCCAUCUCGCUCCCUGUCCUCACUACGGAUCACGUUCUGGUGAGCGAUAUCUGCCUCCAUACCUCUUGUCACGCCGCGGAUGCUGAUCCAGCGAGCGGUACUCGUUUCCCCCGCUCACACCCCGUUCUUGGUACCGAUCUGGCAAACUCGGCUCGCCUCCCCACCUCCCUUCAUGAUGUUUGCGCAGAUCCGAUGUGCGUAGCCCGCUUCCCUGCCCUCCUUCGUGUUGCUGAUACGGAUCUGGCGAGCGCAUCUCGCCUUCCUGUCUUCCGCCAUGGUGCCGAUACGAAUCUGGCGAACGCGACUCGCCUCCACGCCUUCCUUCAUGGCGCUGGUGCCGAUCCGGCGAGCGUGGCCCGCUUCCUCGCACUCCGUGAUGCUGCUGAUGCGGAUCCGGCGAGCGCGACCCGCCUCCCUGCCUCCCGCCAUAAUACCUCCACGGAUCCGGUGAGCGCGACCCGCCUUCCCGCCUCCCGCUGUGAUACCUCUACGGAUCCGGCGAACGCGACUUGCCUCCCCGCCUCCCGUCACGAUGCUGACGUGGCUCAGGCGAACGCGACCCGCCUCCCCGCAUGUCGUCACGAUGCGGGUGCAGAUCUGGCGCGUGCGGACCGCUUCCCCGUUUUGCGUCAUGCUGCCGGCGCAGAUCUGGUGAGCGCGGCGCAUCACCGCCCUGCUCCCCGCCAUGCGCCUGCUGUCCAGAAAUGUGCGCUUCCUUAUGCGCACUUCGUACGCUGCCCGUUCCGCCCGUCUCUCCUUUGCCUGCUUCUUCCGCCUCGCCUGCCUUCGCAGGGUUUGCCUCCGUUGCUUCCGCCGGCAUGUCGCGCUGCUCGCCUGCGCCGUCCUCCUGGACUUAGCCACCGUCCUCAGCCUUGUCGUCGUGCUCGGAUUCCUGCGAGGUGUCCGCCGCUUCGUCCUCUCCUUCUCCGCCGGCGUUGA